UACAAGAAAAAUUUAAACUCGACAGAAGCUAGAGCCUGUACUAUUGUUCAACAAAAGUCGGUGCAACUUCUUGAAACUUGGGAUUCGGUGAUUAGAAAGUAUUCUGAUGUAAUUGAUAUCGGUUUGAUCUCUUUUCCAAGUCCGAAUACUUUGCAAACACGUCGUUGU